AUGAGUGUCACACUGGUGGGUCUUACCCCAGAGGAGAAGAUGUUAUAUACCCAAUUAUUCAGAUCCUUGGAUCCCGACAAUACAGGAGUCAUUACUGGUGAAAAAUCAAGAUCUACAUUUGAAAAAUCCGGAUUACCUCCAGCAAUUUUAGGUGAGAUUUGGCAAAUUGCUGAUCCAAACAAUUUGGGGUUCUUAUCUCAAUUUGGAUUUUGCUAUGCAAUGAGAUUGAUUGGUUAUAUACAAGCAGGUCAACGUCCUGUUCCUGGUUUGGGUGAUGUUCCUGGUCCUCUCCCGAAAUUUGCAAAUUUGAAUCUUCAAUUACAACCUCAAUCCACUAAUAGUUCUUUCAUGUCAACACAGCCUACUUCUAUCAUUCCACAAGACCCAAUUACCCCAGUCAGCCCAACCGAUUUCCAAAAAUUCUCUCAAUUAUUUGAAAAAACAGUUGGAUCAGUUGAAGGUAAUUUAGCUGGACCUCAAGCUAGAGAUAUAUUUUUGAAAGCAAAGUUGCCAACACCAGUUUUGGGACAAAUUUGGGCAUUGGUAGAUAGAUAUAAUACCGGACAGUUGAAUGUUGGAAGUUUUGCAAUUGCCAUGCAUUUAAUUCAAGGUUUAUUAAGCGGACAAAUCAAACAAUUACCUGUUGCCUUACCUGAAUCUGUUUGGCAGUCUGUUGAGCCUUCAAGUUUGGCACAUACUCCUCAAAUGCGUCAGGCUUCCCUUGGAUCUAUUAAUUCCCAGCAGACUGCUAUAAGACAUCCAUCCAUUAGAAAUGCUCCAGCUACUGACAAUGAAUGGAAUGUGUCUCCAGCUAUGAAACAACAAUAUGAUUCAAUUUUCAAUAAUCUUGAUAAAGAUAAUGUUGGUCAUUUAAAUCCAGAUCAAGUUGCAAACUUUUUAAUGACAUCUAAUUUAAAUCAACAAGAUUUGGCAACAAUUUGGGAUUUAUCUGAUAUUCAAAAUACUGGUAUAUUUACAAAGUUGGAAUUUUCAAUUGCUUUAUUUUUAGUCAACAAGAAAUUAGCUGGUGACAAAUUACCCAAUAUAGUUCCAGAUGCAUUACUCAGUUCUUUAAAGAGUCAAGUUCCAGCGCAACAACAAAUUCCAUCUCAGUCAGUUCCUGUUCCACCAGCAACACAAAAUUUUUCCCAACCACGUGUUCAAGCUACAUCUGAACCUGUCAUUGUUACUCAAGCUCAGGUUCCAAAGUCAUCUUUAGAUGACUUGGCAGAUAUAUUUGGCUCUGUCCCAAAACCCAACCCUGCUGCUGCUGCAGCUUCUUCGGCUUCUCCACAACCGGUUCUUCAGCAAAGGGCUUCUAGUUCAGAUUUAAGUAGACCUAUAGAACCACCAAAGGUUCGUUCCACUUUAACUGGAUCUUUCAGACCAACGUCCCAGUUUGGCCAAUCAUUAUUAGAAAAAAAUAAAGCGUCCACUCCUACAGAAGAAAAUCAUCAAGAGAGUCUCUUGUUGGAAGAUGCAACGUCUCCUGCCCCAGGUCCUGAAUCGGCAUCAAUGUCGCCACAAGUCACUGCUUCAAGAGAUCAAAAGGUUGUGAAUUAUGAUGCAUUGAGAAAUGUUCCACCUCCACCCAAAAAGGCAGCUACUCCAAUUCCGAAAUCUCUCACUCCGGGAUUUGUACCUCCAUCUGUUAGUAAUGAAGUUGUUGCUGCUCCACCACCACCACAAACUGCAAACACUAAUGAAGAUUUAUUAGCUGAUCCUGCUAUUUCUGGACAAUUAUCACAAGCCACUACAGAUAUUGCCAAUGUAUCUAACCAAAUCAAAUCACUUGCUACUCAAACAACAAACUUACAUGAAAAGAAAACUAGAGCCGAACAAGAACUUGCAAGAAUUUUAUCAGUUAAGGUUGAAAUUGAUAACAAGUUGAAACAAUUUAGAGUCUCUUAUGAAAAUGAAGUGAAACAAGUUGAGCAAGUUGAAGCAAGUUUGGCAGCUGCUAAGGAAGGGACUGAAGCUUUGAGAUCAGAAGCAUCAAUUGCUGAAGCGAAAUUGAACUCAUUAACUACUGAAUUUAAUGAAAAGCAAUUACAAUUAGAGGAAUUACAAAAAGAAAACGGAUCCUUAAAGGAAAAGUUAGGAACCUUGAAUGCUGAGAUUGCAGAACUUGAAAACCAAACUGCAUCAAAACAAUCGGAAUAUCAAGGAUUAUCAAAUCAAGUCUCAGUUAAGAAAUCACAAGUGCAAGUUGCUAUUGUUAAGGUUGAAGAAUUGAAGAAUAAAGUUAUUGAAAUUGAAAACUCCAAUAAACAGUUACAGCUUGAUUUAGACAAUGCUGAAAGGGAAAGAUUGGCUGCCGAAAGGGAACAAAGAGAUUUGGAGGAAAAAGCAAGAGAGCUUGAACUUAAGAAGCCAACUGCACCUAGUCCAGGAAUAGCUUUACCGGCUUCUGCUGCCGCUGCUGCUGGUGUUGGUAUUGGUGCUCUUGCUGGAGCUGCAAUUGGUGGCAUUGUUGCAACUGAAACAGGUGAUGAUCAUACAAUUACUGAACAACAAGAACAAAAUGAAUCAGGAAAUGAAGUUCAAUCUCGUGAAAUUCCUGACGUUGAAGCUGGAAGUGUGGCAGAUGUUGAAGAUGUAAACAAAAGAUUCCCAGACUUGGGUGUUAAUGAACCAGCAGAUAAUUUCACAAAUGCAACUUCUUCUGUAGCUACUGACAAUGUGGAUGAAAAUGAAACCCCAAUUACUUCCCCAAGUAAUUCAGAAUUCCAAUAUCCUCAAGGAGCUAAUGUUGGUAUUGCUGGUGGUAUGGUUGGUAUGCCAGGUGUAUUGGUAGGUGUUCAAAGGACCGAUUCAUUAACUUCAAGUGUACAAAAUAAUGCUGCGUUGUCUGUUAGAGAUGACAAUCUUGAUGAAAUCAGUGACCGUGAUACUCUUAGUAAUGCUGCUGAAGAAACCCUUCCAAACACUGCAGGUACCGAAAACUUUGAUAGUGAAAGAAGUGGAGAUAUGGGAAGUGGAAAAGAAUCAUCUGGAAUCGAAUCAUUUGAAAUGGUAAACUCUGAAGAUGUAAACUCUCCAAAUGGUGCUAAUGAAGAAUUCCCUCCAAUUCGAGAACUUGAAAUUCAAGAAAGUGAUUCGUCGGAUGAAGAAACCGAAGCAAUGGUGGAUGCUCUUCCUGAACCAAACAUUGAUGAAGAAGAAAAGUCAGUUGAAGAGCCGCACGUUGCUACUGAAGAGCUGCCAAUUAUGAAACCUAGUUUUGAUGAUUUUGAUAGUGCUUUUGACAAUUUGCAGCCAGCAACACCAGAAGUCAAUCAACAAGAUUUAUUUGCUGAUGAAUUCAAUGAUUUAGAAGAUGCACAAGAAGAUAAUCAAGCAGAUGAGUUUGGAGAUGAAGAAUUUGGUGGUCUCUCAAAUGAAUUUUCUAAUUCUAAUGCCCCAGACUUUUCCGCGGCUAAUACUGCUUCAACGCCGGAAGGAAACGAUGAAUGGGAACAGUUAUUUGCCGGUUUCGGAAAUGCCCAACCUGAAACUGGUAUUCCUGUACCUGCUGAACAAGAAAGUCAACAAAAUAAUAGUAACAACGGAAGUAAUAAAUAUGCCAUUCAAGAAUUAGUUGGAAUGGGUUUCGAUGAAGAGACUGCUAUUGGUGCAUUGACGAAAGAAAAUUGGAAUUUAGAAGCUGCAACGAAUUAUUUGUUAGAUAAUGCAUGA